CUCCCGCCCGCCGCCAUUUUCUUUCUUUCUUGGCAGGCAGCGAGUAGGGCAGGAAGCGGCGGCGGAGCGGCUAUGGCGGAUUAUUCCACGGUGCCCCCUCCUGCUUCGGGCGCGCCCGGAGGAGGAGGAGGCGGAGGUGGGGGAGUCAACGAUGCCUUUAAAGACGCACUGCAGCGGGCUAGGCAGAUUGCAGCAAAAAUUGGAGGUGAUGGAGGGACAUCAAUGAAUUCAAAUGAUUACGGUUAUGGAGGACAAAAAAGACCUCUUGAAGAUGGAGAUGGCUCUUGGACAAGUCCGAGCAGUACAACACACUGGGAGGGAAUGCCCUCUCCUUUUAAAGAUCAACCAGAUGCUAAGAAAGUUGCUCCUCAGAAUGACUCUUUUGGAACCCAGCUACCCCCGAUGCAUCAGCAACAAAGGUCUGUAAUGACAGAGGAGUACAAAGUUCCAGAUGGAAUGGUUGGAUUCAUAAUUGGCAGAGGAGGAGAACAGAUUUCACGCAUACAGCAAGAAUCUGGAUGCAAAAUACAGAUUGCUCCUGAUAGCGGUGGCCUGCCUGAUAGAUCUUGCAUGUUAACUGGAACACCCGAGUCUGUUCAGUCUGCAAAGAGACUGCUUGACCAGAUAGUUGAAAAGGGAAGACCGACACCUGGCUUUCAUCAUGGUGAUGGACCAGGAAAUGCUGUCCAAGAAAUUAUGAUUCCAGCUAGUAAGGCAGGAUUAGUUAUUGGAAAAGGUGGAGAGACGAUUAAGCAACUUCAGGAACGAGCAGGAGUCAAAAUGGUCAUGAUUCAAGAUGGGCCACAGAACACUGGUGCAGACAAACCUCUUAGGAUUACAGGAGACCCUUACAAAGUUCAACAAGCCAAGGAAAUGGUGUUGGAGUUGAUUCGUGAUCAAGGUGGCUUUCGAGAGGCGCGCAAUGAAUAUGGGUCAAGAAUAGGAGGAAAUGAAGGGAUAGAUGUCCCAAUACCACGAUUUGCUGUUGGUAUUGUAAUUGGAAGAAAUGGAGAGAUGAUCAAAAAGAUACAGAAUGAUGCUGGUGUUAGAAUCCAGUUUAAGCCAGAUGAUGGAACAACUCCAGAUAGAAUAGCCCAAAUUACAGGACCUCCAGACAGAUGUCAACAUGCUGCAGAAAUUAUUACAGACCUCCUUCGAAGUGUCCAGGCUGGUAAUCCUGGUGGUCCAGGACCUGGUGGUCGAGGAAGGGGUAGAGGCCAAGGCAACUGGAACAUGGGGCCUCCUGGUGGAUUACAGGAAUUUAAUUUUAUUGUACCCACUGGAAAAACUGGAUUAAUCAUUGGAAAAGGUGGUGAAACUAUCAAAAGCAUAAGUCAGCAAUCUGGCGCUAGAAUAGAACUUCAGAGAAAUCCUCCACCAAAUGCAGAUCCUAACAUGAAGUUGUUUACUAUCCGCGGGACACCACAGCAAAUUGAUUAUGCUCGGCAACUUAUAGAAGAAAAGAUUGGAGGUCCAGUAAAUCCUUUGGGUCCACCUGUUCCUCAUGGGCCCCACGGUGUUGUUCCUGGCCCACAUGGACCUCCUGGCCCACCAGGUCCUGGCAAUCCUAUGGGACCUUAUAAUCCUGCUCCUUAUAAUCCAGGGCCUCCUGGUCCAGCACCUCAUGGCCCUCCAGCCCCAUAUGCUCCACAAGGGUGGGGAAAUGCCUAUCCACACUGGCAGCCACCAAAUCCACCAGAUCCAGGUAAACCAGGAACAGAUCCCAAUUCAGCAGCGUGGGCAGCUUAUUAUGCUCACUACUAUCAGCAGCAAGCACAGCCGCCACCUGCAGCCCCUCCUGGUGGACCACCUACAACCCAAACUAAUGGACAAGGAGAACAACCAAAUCCAGCACCAGCAGGGCAGGUUGAUUACACCAAAGCUUGGGAAGAGUACUACAAAAAAAUGGGUCAACAAGGGCAGCCACAAGAUUAUUCAAAGGCUUGGGAGGAAUAUUACAAGAAGCAAGGUCAAGCAGUUCCAGCUCCAGCUGGGGCCCCACCAGGUCAGCCUGAUUAUAGUGCAGCAUGGGCUGAAUACUACAGACAGCAAGCAGCAUAUUAUGCCCAGACAAGUCCACAGGGAAUGCCACAGCAUCCUCCAGCACCACAGGGCCAAUAAUAAGAAGUGGACAAUACAGUAUUUGCUUCAUUGUGUGGGG